UAAUGAAAUUGAAAUGAUUGUUGUCUUUUUCAACAUGCGCUGUGUAGUUUGUACAUGUUUGUAUGAAUAUUAAAUUUCUUCAAUUAAUUUUGUCAUUAUUCUAAUUAGAAUACAUACAGGAUUAUGAAAAUAAUAACUUGAAAAGUGAUUUCAUAAAUGUAAAGUGUAUCUUGUUUAGGCUAAACUAGCAGUGCAAACUUUAACCAAACAUUCAUAGUUUUUUGUGCUUGUUGUAUUUGAACCAAUUUAUGCAAUAAAUGAACUAUUGUUGUUACUUAAAAAACUUAAGUAUAUUUGGAAUUUUAAAAGGUGUUACCAGGUCAAGGUUUUAUAUUCGUAAAACUCAAGUAGCCAGUAUGGGACUAUUAACAGAAGGGAGUCCUCUCUCUUGGGAAGAGACGAAGGCUUUGGCAGAACACGUGCGACAGCACGGAGUCGAACAGUUUAUUAAUCUCUAUAGCAAACUUAGAGAUCGCACAGGAGAUGUUCUUAAAUGGGGAGAUGAGGUGGAGUAUAUUAUUGUAAAAUUUGAUGAUGAAAAUCGGAGAGCUACAGUUAGCUUAAGGGCUGAUGAACUUUUACCUAAACUACAAGAAAAAGAGCUGGCUGAUCCACAAAAUGUGAAAUCGCUAUGGCGUCCAGAAUAUGGAGCAUACAUGGUGGAGGGUACUCCAGGAAAGCCAUAUGGUGGUCUUCUGGCUCACUUCAAUAUUGUUGAAGCCAAUAUGCGAUAUCGCAGAGCUGAAGCUAGUACACUGUUGAAGGAUGGAGAAGUCAUUAUGAGUAUAACAAAUUUCCCAAGAUUAGGUUGUCCUAAUUUUACAAGUCCACCCUAUACACCUACUCCAGACAAGGGUGUGACAAGGUCCCUUUUCUUCCCAGAUGAAGGCAUAUAUCCUGGUCACCCUCGUUUCAAAACAUUAACAUCUAACAUCAGGAAAAGAAGAGGAGAAAAAGUGGCCAUUAAUAUUCCAGUAUAUCGCGACAAGAACACCAAAAUUCCAAUAGACGAUUGUCACGUGCUGGAGCCGGGCGCGGCGCUGCCGGGCGCCGUGUACAUGGACGCCAUGGGCUUCGGCAUGGGCUGCUGCUGCCUGCAGCUCACGUUCCAGGCGUGCUGCAUCACGGAGGCUCGCACGCUGUACGACCAACUCGCGCCGCUGUGUCCUAUCAUGUUGGCGCUAUCGGCCGCGUCGCCCAUCUACCGCGGCUUCCUGACCGACGUGGACUGCCGCUGGAACGUGAUCUCCGCGUCGGUGGACUGCCGCACGCGCGAGGAGCGCGGCCUCGAACCGCUCAAGGAAAACAAGUUCCGCAUACACAAGUCCAGAUACGACUCCAUUGACUCCUACUUAUCGCCUGAUCAUGAAAAAUACAAUGACAUCACAAUCGUGCACGACGCGGCGAUCUACCGGCGCCUGCGCGAAGGCGGCAUCGACCACCCGCUGGCGCUGCACGUGGCGCACCUCUUCAUACGCGACACCGUCUCGCUCUUCUCCGAGCGCGUGCACCAGGAUGAUACCAACGACACGGACCACUUCGAGAACAUUCAAUCAACAAAUUGGCAGACAAUGCGGUUCAAGCCCCCGCCACCAAACUCGCCCAUCGGUUGGCGCGUAGAGUUCCGGCCUUGCGAAGCGCAGCUUACAGAUUUCGAGAAUGCAGCAUAUGUUUGCUUCGUUGUGCUUCUGACCCGUGUUAUUCUAUCCUACAAUCUCAACUUCGUUAUGCCUAUUAGUAAGGUGGAUGAAAAUAUGCAGCGCGCGCAGUGUCGCGGCGCGGUGCUGUCGCAGCGCUUCUGGUGGCGCCGCGACGUGGGCGCGCCGCGCGGCGUCGCGCCCGCCGCCAGCGCGCCCUCGCCCGACGCCGACGAGUAUCUCGAGAUGACCGUGAAGGAGAUCGUCAAUGGAAAGGAGGGCGUGUUCCCGGGGCUGAUCCCGCUGAUCGACUCGUACCUGUCGGGCAUGGACGUGGACGCGGACACGCACUGCUCGGUGCAGCAGUACCUCAAGCUCAUCCAGCGCCGCGCCGCCGGCGACAUCCACACCAUGGCCGCCUGGAUGCGGGACUUCGUCACCAAGCACCCGGACUAUCAGAAUGAUUCCAUGGUUUCUGAGAAGAUAAACUAUGACCUACUAAAAACUGCACACGGUAUCCAGACAGGUGCGAUUCACGCGCCCACUCUGUUAGGAAGCAGCAUCGUUUCCAAGACCAACGAAGACAUUCCGAAAGCGUUUACCAAGAUGAUGGGCAAAGACUGCCCCUAGCCGCUCCCGGCGGCCGCCCCCCCGCCCCCGGUGCCUUGUGCUGAUGACUCCUCGCUAACCCGUAGCUGGCCGCACUUUACUUAAAACGCUUAAACUUUACUUUUCUAAGAGUAAAUACAAUAAAAAGGCUCAAGAUUCAUUGCAGCAGUUUCAGAACGGUGCGAGAUGCGUCUGUUCUAAAAUUUUACGGAACCAAUUGGACUAUCUCCGCUACGUAAAGUAACAAAUGUGAAGCAAAAUGAAAAAGAGGUCCAAAUGCGUACGUCGACGGCCUCUGAUUUGUUUUGAUGAAUAUGUUCUUCACAAAUAUGUACAAUACGCAUUUAAAGUCAAAUUUGAUCUUGACUAUUUCCCAUAAUAGUAAAUGUGCGGCCGACCUUAUCGCCUAAGUACCUAUUAUUAUUAUUAACACUUGUUAUUGUAGUUAUGGUUGCCUUAAAUAUUUUAUAAAGAUAAUAAUCAUUGAUGUGUAUCACACUGUUAGGCAUAGACUUCACUAUAUUUUCUCAAAGUCCACCAAAAUAAUAUAUUCAUUUAAUUUUCUAAACAAAGCCGGCUAUACAUACAACCGUGUAAAGGAUUUAAAUUAUAAAACCACUAAAAUGAAACCACUAGAUGACCGCCUGCGACUUCGUCCUCGUGGAUUUAUGUUUUUGAAAAUCUCGUGUUGGCUGUAAUUUUCCAGAAUAAAAAGUAGUUUAUGUUCGCCUCGUAUUCGGUAUUAUGAGAGGACAUUAGGAGAAAAUAGCCGCUCCGCGAUAUUGUUAGUGUGCAGUUGGUUUCGCUGCGAGCACCAGCCAAACGAUACGUAUAAUUAAACUUUUCAUGGUGAGUGCGGCUCGUCUCGGCUUAUGAGAGGACAUUAGAAAAUAAUAGCCGCUUCGCGAUAUUGUUACUUUGCAGUUGGUUUCUAAAUUCGGGGAAGCCCCCGAUAUGUAAGCUAUUUCCGCACCAAAUUUCGUUGAAAUCGAUGACGUGGAUGGCCAUAAUACAAUUCCGCAUUCCGUCACUGCGCAUUCAAAACCCGCUGUUUUUUUAGAAUUUUCGUUUUUGAUGUCAUUUUAGUUUGGUUUUAAAAGGUGUGUCUAUAUGUAGAAACCCGUUCUUUAGCAUGUGUGCUAGUUAGUUCAAGAGAUAAUCAUUUUAGCUAUGUGAUUUUGAAAAUAUCUAAGUUUGAAGGAGUCUCCUGAAAACUUGUGCUUUUCCACAUAGCGGAAUUUUCAUGCGCAAAGACGAUCUAUAAUAAUAUUAUAGUAUGGAUAAAUGUCAUUAGGCCGGCCGCAUAUGUCAGAAAUUUUCUAUCGGAAUUCGUAAACUAUAACACGGCGGCGUUCUAGUACAGAAUGUAUGAGCAGUGACUUUCACCGCGCGUUAGAAUUUUCUCUCUCAAGCAAUUUCUGAUAGCUGGCCUUAUACAUGACUAAAUGAUACCGGGACUGCGUUCGCGUGGAUUUAGUUUGAUUUUCAGAGAUAAAAAGUACCAUGUAAAAAAUCACGUCGCUCUGUUCUUCCGUUGUGACGUGGUUGAAGGAAAAACCAACAAACAAACUUACGCUUUUAAUUAAAUAUGCUUAGUGAUAAAUGAUAGUACAGUCUAUGAGCACAGUGAACAUCAAUAUUCGUAAAUUGUACCUUUAACCAUUUUAUAAACUACGUAAAGUACAUAGAUAAUAAUUAUAUUUAAUAAGAUACUUGACUGUUCCUACUUACAAUAGGUAUCUGAAUUAAUUUAUGUUGCCUGAUAUAUUGAGGUUUUUCAAACUUCUGAGUUGGAUAUUGAAAGCUUAUUUUUAUGCUAUUGAAUGGAAUACACUAGAUGUUUUCGCAUACAUAGAUUAUUGUUUAUCUAUUCGGGGCAACGAGAGCUAUGCUCCACGCACUAGACGGGUCAUUCCGAACAAUUGAAAUCGUUUGACUGCUAUUUCACCUGGUGGCAAGUGAUAAUGCAAUCGAAGAUGAAAGCCGACUAGUUUCAUUAGAAAGACGUGCGAAGAUGGUUUUGACCACUAAAACAAUGCAUUAUGCACAUUCUUAUUUUAGUAGCACACGCCAGGCAUCCCCCAGUAUUAAGUAUGACAGCUUCAAUAGAACACGAUUUUUGUUCGGAAUGGUCCAUCUUGUGCGUAAUACAUGGAGAUCGUUGGUUCGGUGUUUGAAAUUAUAUCUAUCACGUCUGAUUCUAUAUCAGUUCUCUUGAUACAUUCCGAAUUAAUAAACAUGUUUUCUCGUGUCGACUAUUAUAAAAAUAACGGGCUCUAACAGUGUUGGUAUAAAAGAUGAAAAGAACGAAUUAUGAGAUCAGAGACUGAGACAGUACAUCUGUAAAGCACUGUAACAAAUGGAUAAUUAUGUAGUAAUUCCAACAUUGAAUGAUUUAAUUGUUUAGUGGUUGUGAUUGGCACGAAUGGAUGUGAUCCAGGAUAAAUAAUAUGCGCGUUGAGAUUGAAUGUUUUGAGCAAGCUUUUAUUUAUUAGCUGCUGUUUAGUAAGUUUAAGGUGUAGUGAAACUACUGUGUUGUGAUUCGUUGAAACCAUGUACGCGGCGUCCUACGUCAGCGACCUUGACGCGAACGCGAACGCGGCGAGGCGCAGCGCGAAGACUACAAACAGUCGAUACUGUCUACUGAAUGGCUUACAAGACCAAAAACUAGUUGGCUUGAUAUUUUCGCGCAAUUGGAUGCGGUGUCGUCGUUUUAUAUUAAUAAAAGUACAGUUUGAAUGUAGAUGCUUUAUUGCACCACCAAAACACAAAUGACAGGUUACAAAAAAGAAAACUUAUAAUGUAGGUACAAAAAGGCGGUGUUAUCGCUAAAUAGCGAUCUCUUCCAGACAACCUUAACGCUAGGGAGAAAACGAACAAAUAGAUAGUGGGAAGUGUACUGAACACCACUGAACAGCGGCGGUGGUGGUGUAGAAAAAAGCUGCCGCAUAGCUCCGCGUUCGCGUGUCACCACAUCGGAUCGCUUUCGCUUUGAAUCGUCUACGUGACGUACACAACCGGUCACAAUAAUUAUUUAUGUUACAAGGGACCAAAGAGGUAUUUCGUUCUUCGAGGGCGUUAUUUUGAAUUCAGAGCGAAACAAAGGAUUCUAUUAUAGUAGAAUCCCGGAAUCCUGAGUGUAGCGAGGAAUUCAAUAAAGCCGCCCGACAACAAAAUAUUUUGGCACCGGUUGACACCAUGGAUGUGUGACACACACUAUUUUUCAUCAUUACCUAUGAGAAAACAAAACACACUCUAGUACGAACGAGGACCAAUCAGAAGAGAGAAAGUUCAAACUUCCAUGAGAACAAAAUGGGAAUUUGUUCCCGGUAUCCUCUAAUAGCAAUGUUCGUUUAUCGAAUAGGUAUGAUGAAAAAUAUGCGACUCCGAUCUCUUUGUCUUAUCGUGACUCACAACACGGUACAUACAAUUACACCUCAGUAGUUAAUGUCUGCACCAUUAGAUAAUGAUCACUAUUACUCAAAUCAGUAAGUAGACAUAGCCUCUAACCUAGAAUAAUUAAGGUUUCAUUUGUUCUAAAUAAUUAAAUUGGUAUUAUGUAUUGAUAGAUGACUUAUAAAUUUUGUAGCUUUAUUUUUACUUAUCAUAUUUUUUGUUGUGUAAGUAUGGGGGAGUAGUUGUAAAAAGUAAAAUGGGUAUGUAAUGGGUAGAAAUAGUGAAAAUACCGUGAUAAUAAAUAAAAGAGGCUGUCGCUUUAGGGCAUGUUACGCGAUUAAUAUUUAGAUCACGAUCCAUGAUCCACAUAAGGGCCAGCGCAUACAGAGGAAGUAAAACAUUAUAAAAAAAAAGAUUACUUAAAAUUAUCAAGAUAACUCCGCGCCUCGAGUUUCCGAUGUGCGUUUUAAGAUCCAAAGCAUUUGCGCUGCGUUGCGCGCCACGCAAUUAAGAUAACUAUCAUUAGCCAAUAAUACGCUGAAGUAAACGCUCACAACUCGGUGCAAAAAUCGUGGUAAAUAUUGUAGUGCACGUGUAACAUGCCACUUAGAAACAAGUCCGUCGCGUCGUCUUUACAUAACGAAACUGUAUGAAUUCAUAGAUAAAAUAAAGCACUUAUUUUGUGUUAGUUAUUAAGUAAUAAAAAUAGCUUUAAUUUUAUCUCCAAAUUAUUAUUAAUUCGAUUCUCAACCACGGUGAAAUACACAUUUGAGUAGGUCUUUUAUGAAGACAUUUAUUUGUUUGAGUGUAAAAAUGACAGUGAUUUUAUCUUCGACUCACACGUGUAUCGUGGUGUGAUAUGAGCACAAAUUGUGCAUUACGAAUUUUUAACCCAGAAAUAUGCAUGUAAUUUUCUUUUAAUCUUGCACUUUUAUUAUAUACUCUACAGUAUAUCGUUGUCUAUUUUGUUUACUUGUUACCGAUAUGAUGGAUUACUUUAUUAAUAAUGCACAUACAAUAAAACUAUUUUAAUGUU